AUGAUUGUCAAUUAUGAAAAUAAAGGACAGAUUUACAACGAUAUUACUAAGUCUACUUGGUAUGCUAAAAAUAAAGAAAAUUUAAAUAAGGCAAAAUAUUUGGAAAUUGAUUCAUUUUCUGUUAUAAUUGAUUGGAUAAAUAGUCUUUUAAUAAGCAACAAUAUAUUAAAUGGUUAUAAUCUAUAUGAAGAGAUAAAAGAUGGAGUAAUUAUUUUAAAGUUAAUACAAAUAUAUAACCCUGAAAUAGAAAUUCGUGGAAUAUUUCUUAAAGCUCUUAAAAAAAAAUGUGCUAUGAAAAAUUUGGAAAAAGCACUAUCAAUCAUAUAUAUGAAUAAUCCAUAUUAUUAUUCCAUGGUUUCAUCUACAGAUAUUUAUGAAAAAAAAAAGAAAAAAGUUAACAUUUUAUUAAUACAACUAUUUGAUAAAUUUGAAUUUCAAAAUUUAAAAAAUAUAUCAACACCUUUACUUAAUUGGUAUAAUUAUACUCUUAAAAAAAUGAAACUACCACUUUAUUCUAAAACAAUAAAUAACCCUUUUCAUAUUAUAAACAAUAAAUCAAUAAAUUUCUGCAAUGAAAAAGAAAAAUAUUUAUAUGCUAAAAAAGGUAUUGAAAUGAAUAUACAAAAAGACAACACCAAAGAAGACAUUACAAUAGAUGGGAAUAUGAAUAAAAAAAAAAUAUUAAAUAUAUACCCUAACUAUGUAAAAGAGUAUAAAAUAAUAACACAAGAAAAAAUAAAAAAUAAAUCAAAUGCUCUAAAAAAUUUUGUUACAUAUAUAUUAUACAAAGAUAAAGAAAAAUAUCAAAAUGACGUCCCUUAUAUUGUCAAAGAUUUUUCAGAUUGCAAAAAAAUAUUUUUCAUAUUAUAUAGAUAUGGCUAUAUUUGCAUUGAAGAAUUGCAAAUUGUAACAAAAUCAAAUAGGAGAAAUAAUUUUUUUUUUUUACAAGAAUUACUCAGAAAAUUGAAUAUACCAAUUAUUUUAAAAAGUCAAUAUUUAAAUAAUCCAUCUGAAGUUGCAAUUCUUUUGCAAUUAAAAUACAUACAAUGUUUUAUUCAUAACAAUGGUUAUUCAAAAGCUAUUGAUUUAAAAAAAAACUAUUUCUAUUCUAUCCCGUUGCAUAAAAAAAAAGAUAAAAUAAGUGAACAUAAAAAAUGUGGUCAUAUUAUUAACAAGUGUAGUAGCGAUCCGACCAACUAUAAUAUCAACAUAUUAUUAAAUGACUACACUAAAAAUAAUUAUAAUCGUAAUUAUGAACAAAAGGAUAAACAAUUUUUAAAUGUGAAACUAAAUGGGGAUAAUGAAAAAGACAUAAAUGAUGAUCACAAAAACGAUGUAUAUGAAAAAGUGGAAUAUAAAACUUGCAAAGAAAUCCCUAAUUCAAAAAUCGGUAAAAUAAAUCAAGUUAGUUGUUAUAGUCUAUCAAAUGGUAUGGAUGGUUUAUUUGAAGGUGGAAACGAUUGGAAUUUUAAUUCAUCUAUCAAAAUAUAUCAAAAUAAAAAAGAGAAUAAUUACAAAAAAAAUAAAGAACGAAAAGAUUAUCUUCAAGAAAAAAAAGAAAAUAUGUUGUGUGCACAUCAAAAUGAAAAAGACAAUUUUAUUCCAACACAUAAAUAUUUAGAAAAAGAGCCACUCACAAUUACUCCAAUAAAAAUGUUAAGAAAAAUGUUCCAUAAGCAGAUUAAAGAAAAUAUGAAUAUUGAUAAGGGAAAUACAAUUGGAAAUCCCCAAUUUAGUGAUAACAAAUAG